AUGACUGAAAAGAAGAGGGAGAAUACCCUCAGAUUGGAGGAAGCCACACUCGACGAUGUUCCCGCCCUGACGGAGACGUGGUUUGCCGCGUUCAAGGACGACGAGGUGAUUUGUCGCCUGUGGCCUGAUACGCCGGGCGUGAGGGCGUGGUGGGAUGAGGCGAAUUGGGGGGAUAUGCGGGCGAAGCCCCUUCAGCGGUUCGUCAAGGUUGUUGAUGUGAGCACCGUCAGGACCCAGACCGGAACGGAGGGAACGGAUGAGGGAGAUGAGGGGGGGAAAGAAGGAGAGAGACCGAGGAUCGCGGCGUGGGCCAAGUGGGAUACGAAUCUCGACACGCUGGUCACGCACCCCGACUACCAGCGCCGGGGCGCGGCGUCCAUGUUGCUUGCGUGGGGGUGUGCGCUCGCGGAUGAGGAUGGGGUCGCGGCGUAUGUUGAUGCUAGUAAGGCCGGGGCGCCGCUGUAUGAGAGGUUCGGGUUUGUGGAUGAGAGUUUGGAGGGGGAUGGGGAGGUUGCUUCUAUGGUGAGGCGGAGGCGAUGA